UUUCUGAGGCCCCGCCCCGGCCCCGCCCCCGCCGCCAUGCGGCCCGCCCGUACUGCGCUCUGUCUGCGCCUGACCUUGGCCCUGGGCCUGGCGCUCGUUGGCCCCAUGGCUGUGGGGUGGGCCUCGGCCCGGGCCCCCAUCUAUGUCAGCAGCUGGGCAGUGCGAGUGUCCCAGGGUUACCAGGAGGUCGAUCGCCUGGCGCGCAAAUUCGGCUUCGUCAACUUUGGGCAGGUGGGCGGGACCCAGAUUGACGGGAGGAGGCGGGAAGAUAUUUUCCCUGACGGGCAGUAUUUCCAUCUGCGGCACCGGGGCGUGGUCCAGCAGUCCCUGACCCCGCACUGGGGCCACCGCCUGCGCCUAAAGAAAGACCCUAAGGUGCAGUGGUUCCAACAGCAGACAGUGCAGAGGCGGGUGAAACGCUCCUUGGUGGUGCCCACGGACCCCUGGUUCUCCAAGCAGUGGUACAUGAACAAUGAGAUGCAGUCAGACCUGAACAUCCUGCAGGUCUGGAGCCAGGGGCUGUCGGGCCAGGGUGUCGUGGUCUCUGUCCUGGAUGACGGCAUCGAGAAAGACCACCCAGACCUCUGGGCCAACUAUGAUCCCCUGGCCAGCUAUGACUUCAAUGACUAUGACCCAGACCCCCAGCCUCGAUAUACACCCAGUGAUGAGAACCGGCACGGGACCCGCUGUGCCGGGGAAGUGGCGGCAAUGGCAAACAACAGGUUCUGUGGUGCAGGCGUCGCCUACAACACCCGCAUUGGAGGUGUGCGCAUGCUGGAUGGCACCAUCACCGACGUGAUUGAGGCCCAGUCGCUGAGCCUGCAGCCACAGCACAUCCACAUCUACAGCGCCAGCUGGGGCCCCGAGGAUGACGGCCGCACGGUGGACGGCCCAGGCAUCCUCACCCGAGAAGCCUUCAGGCGUGGAGUGACCAAGGGCCGAGGUGGGCUGGGCACCCUUUUCAUCUGGGCGUCAGGCAAUGGAGGCCUGCACUACGACAACUGUAACUGCGACGGCUACACCAACAGCAUCCACACGCUCUCGGUGGGCAGCACCACCCAGCAGGGCCACGUGCCCUGGUACAGUGAGGCCUGUGCCUCCACCCUCACCACCACCUACAGCAGCGGUGUAGCCACGGACCCCCAGAUCGUCACCACAGACCUGCACCACCGGUGCACGGACAAGCACACGGGGACCUCGGCCUCCGCCCCGCUGGCUGCGGGCAUGAUCGCUCUGGCUCUGGAGGCCAAUGAGCCACCACUAUGGCUACGGGCUGCUGGACGCUGCGCUGCUGGUGGGCCUGGCUCGCUCCUGGCUGCCUACGCAGCCCCAGAAGAAAUGUGUCAUUCAUAUCGUGCACACCCGCACGUGAGCGCGCCCCUCUGCCCGCUGGACGCCUGCAUCCAACUCAGCCCUUGUGCCCACCUCCCCACAGCUCUUCUCCCUCCUGCCAUCUUGCCUAUCCCUCCCUCCCCCCACCUGCCACCUCCCCCAGCCCUCCUCCACCUGCUUCUGUACCUGCCUUCUCCCUCCACCUCCCAUUGCUACCUGGGGAGUGGACACAGGGAGGCUUGCCCUGAGGUCUCAGUUUACCCGUCUGAACAAGGAGAAGGUAGGCUUCAGGAUCUGAGCCCAAACUUUGCCUGGCCCCCCACCAGCAGGCCAGCAGGAGAGGCCCUGGCCCCCACCCCCAUCCUGCCAGUCAUGCACGUGAGGAAGAAUGUGUCGGCCUGCGCCGGCCACGCCAACUCCAUCCGUUCGCUGGAGCACGUGCAGGUGCAGCUGUCCCUGUCCUACAGCCGCCGUGGGGACCUGGAGAUCUCCCUCACCAGCCCCAUGGGCACCCGCUCCACCCUCGUGGCCAUCAGACCCUUUGACGUCAGCAGCCAAGGCUACAACAACUGGAUCUUCAUGUCCACCCACUUCUGGGACGAAGACCCGCGGGGCUUGUGGAUCCUGGGCCUGGAGAACAAGGGCUACUAUUUCAACACAGGGACGCUGUACCGCUACACGCUGCUGCUCUACGGGACGGCUGAGGACAUGACGGCUCGGCCCUCAGGCCCCCAGGUGACCAGCAACGCGUGCGUGCAGAGGGACACAGAGGGGCUGUGCCAGGAGUGCCACAGCCCCGCCUACAUCCUGGGCCACCUUUGCCUCGCCUACUGCCCGCCAAGGUACUUCAACCACACCCAGCAGGCGGUGACCGCUGGACCCGGGCGCUCAGCUGUGCCUGCCAUGCGGGUCUGCUCCAGCUGCCACACGUCCUGUUACACCUGCCGAGGCAGCUCCCCACUGGACUGCACUGCCUGCCCUCCGCAGUCCAUGCUGGACGAGCAGCAGGGCUCCUGCUCCGGACUCCACCCUACUGAGGGCCAUUCCCACUCCACGGCGACUGCCUGCCCCUGCCCCCAUGGCCCAGCCCAGGCCGUGGUACUGUCCCUGCUGGCCAUGGCAUUUGGGACUCCCCUCCUCUGCCAUGUUCUCAUGGGCUGCCUGCUGCCAUGGAUGGGACCCCCUAGGACAGGGGGCCACUCCAGUCGCCACUCCAGAGCCCGCAGCAGGCUGGAACCCAGAGCUGGCUGACAAGGACAGCCAGCAUGCACCUUGCUCGAGCCCUGGUGGGCACUCCCAUCCUCCUGUCCAGACUGGCGCCCCAUAGGAACCUGCCCCGGGGAGGUCCUGGCAGCCUCGGAGGCACAGGCCAGGGGUGGCCACGUGGGAUCCUGCACCCCGGACUUGGCAAGUCAAGGUCAAAGAGAGAGAGAGAAGUCUCAUUGCAUAGUUUGGGUGGUGUGGGUUGGGGGGGCGGGAACCAGGUGGGGGACGAUAUCCCGAUAUCCCUUCCUUGUCCCAGAGUGGAGGGAGGGAGAGGUGGAGCAGACGACACGGUCCAGAGUUUCCUCUCGGGCACCUCAUCCUCUGACUGUGCAGAAUUUGCAA